UUGGAGCUCAGUUAACGGGCUUUUUUUUCUCCUUCAUUUUUUUAGUGUGUGUGUGAGUGUGUGUGAGCGUGUGUGUGUGUGUGGAGCCACUACCGGGACCGGGACCGGUGGACUUUCAUCCGGCAGAGACUGGUGGAAACAGUCGCUAACUUUGUUUCAGUGACAGACCUUUUAAUGCCACAUGAGGAAUGAAAAGCAGGGGCUGGUUUUACUUUUUCUACAGCAGCGACCGAAGCCAGCAGUUUGGGAUUGAAAAGUGAGAAAACCGUGAGGACCUGAAAGUCAAUCAAAGGAGCCAAAGGAGAAGAAGGAGUUUGUGAAAAAGAGGGAAAAAACAAAGAAUAUAGCGAAGAUGGGGAGAAAAAAGAUUCAGAUAGCGCGGAUUAUGGAUGAACGCAACAGACAUGUGACGUUCACCAAGCGUAAGUUCGGCCUGAUGAAGAAAGCGUACGAGCUGAGCGUGCUGUGCGACUGUGAGAUCGCCCUCAUCAUCUUCAACAGCACCAACAAGCUGUUCCAGUACGCCAGCACCGACAUGGAUAAAGUCCUGCUCAAAUACACAGAAUACAACGAGCCGCACGAGAGCAGGACCAACUCCGACAUCGUGGACACGCUGCGUAAGAAAGGUUUAAAUGGCUGCGACAGCCCCGACAUCGAGGCCGACGACUCUGCAGGGCAGAGCCCCGAGUCCGACGACAAGUACCGAAAAAUCAACGAGGACAUCGACCUGAUGAUCAACCGCCAGAGACUCUGCCAGGGUCUGCCCCCCUCCAACUACGACAUGGGGGUGUCCCUCCCCGGCAGUAACCCCACCGGUAUGCUGUACUCACACCCAGGCAUAGGGGGCGCUCUGGGUAACCACAACCUGCUGCCAAUGUCUCACACACACCCCUCCCUGCAGAGGAACAGCAUGUCUCCCCAGCGGCCCCCCAGCCCAGGAAACACAGGACUGAUGGGAUCCGAGCUGCCGAGCACCGUCGUCUCCAGCGUGGGAAACGGUAGCUACAGCAACCACUGCACUUCCCCCGGCCUUCUGUCUCCAGGAGUCUCCAAAAACAUGCAGGACAAGAGUCCACCGAUGAGCAUGAGCCGCAAGCCCGACCUCCGCACGCUGAUGCCUCCCUCCAACAAAUGCAACAACAUGCCGACUAUCAAUCAGAGAAUAAAUCACUCUCAGACCGCUCAGUCGCUGACGACUCCCGCUGCGUCUCUCUCUGCUCAGACUCUACCAGGACAAGGAAUGGGCGGCUACCCUUCCUCUCUCUCCUCUUCUUACGGCACAGAGUUCUCGCUGGGCGGUGAUCUGUCCUCUCUGACCGGGUUUGGAGGUUCUGGUCUGGGAUCAGUGACGAACUGGCAGCAGCAGCAGAUACAGAACCUGCAGCAUUCAGCGCUCGGACACAUGGGCCCCUCCGUCUCUCUCUCCUCUUACAGAAACCUGUGCCAGAACUCCAACCUGAACCUCGCGUCGGGUCACCAGAACCUCCACAUCAAGUCCGAGCCCGCCUCUCCUCCCAGAGACCGGAGCAUCGGCAUGAUGGGCACGGGACUCGGAGGCAUGACCGGGUAUCCCAACGCCGGCCGGGGCCCCAACGAGACGGGCCGUUCCCCCGGCGACAGCGCCUCCAGCUGCGGGAGCUCGUACGAGGGCAGCGAGGACCGCGAGGAUCACCACGGCAACGACGGCUUCCUCCUGCGGCCCAUGUCCAGUCAGGACGAGCGCCACAGCCCGUCAGUAAAACGGAUGAGGCUAUCGGAGGGCUGGGCCACAUGA